AGAUUACGACACCGUGGAAGUAAUGGCAGAUAUGGGAAACCUAUGGGAAGAUUUACGUAAACAAGCUAGACAGUUAGAGAAUGAGAUUGAUUUGAAACUGGUAUCCUUCAGUAAACUAGGAACAAAUUAUUCAUCACAUAACGAUUAUGGAAGCCAACCAAAUGAGGAACACACAUUAUCUAAAAGUGAGUCAGCCCCCCUUAUUAAUAAAUCUAGUAGUGAACACAUGUUUGAUACAAUGGCUAUGGAGAUUGAACAACUGUUAUCAAAGUUACAAGAUGUGAAUGAUAGAAUGUCAGAUUACACACAGAACAUCAGCAUGAGUUCACCCAGUGCUGCUCUACUUCAUACCUUACAGAGACAUAGAGAUAUACUACAGGAUUACUCACAUGAGUUUCAUAAAACUAAAGCUAAUAUAUCAGCAAUAAGGGAAAGGGAAGAUUUGUUAGGCUCUGUUAGACGAGAUAUUAGUGCUUAUAAAAAUUCCUCUGGUUUAAAUAGAAGAACAGACAUGUAUUUAAAAGAACAUGAUCACAUACGGAGUUCAGAAAAAAUGAUAGAUGACCAAAUAAGUAUAGCAAUUGCAACAAAAGAAAAUUUACAAUCACAGAGAAAAGUUCUUGGAACAAUCACACAGAAAAUGAAUUCAUUAGCGAAUCGAUUUCCACUCAUUAACACAUUAAUGCAAAAAAUAAACUUACGGAAAAGAAGAGACACAAUAAUUUUAGCGAGUGUUAUAGCUACUUGUGUAAUUGUAUUACUGUUGUAUGCUUUCCACUAGUUCAUACCUGUCAGUAAUGUGUUUAUUAUAUUUAUAAAUGGUGGUUAUUUUUAAGAUAAAACUUUCCUAUUCCUUUAACUUUCAGAUGUACUGAAAAGUAAGGAAUUCUACAUGUUUUAUAUAUAUGUGUGUGACCUAUUUAUUGUUUGAAUUAUAUCAGACUAAAUGACAAAUGAAGGAAAUACUUAAACUGGAAUUAUUUUAAGAAAAUUUCCCAUAUAUUGAAGUUCAUUUAUUAUAUUCGAACUUAUUGAACAGUAGAUAUUGUUUGUUGUCUUCAUUCUUUGGCUCUUUGUUUCCACUAGUUCAAUCCAAUAACUGAAAUUCAUUGAUCAUUUCAGAAGGUCUUUAAUAUCUAAAAUCAUUGUUCAGAUCCUAUUUUUUGAAUUCCAAUGAUUUUUCAUAACAAAAAUGGACUUUGCAAUAUCUAGGGGUGAGGUUGGCAUAUUGGAUCCAGAUCUAGGGCUAUUAAGGGUGUGAGUUUGUGAGUCUGCUAAAAAAAUUCUUGUUGAGUAAAACGUCUAUACCAUGAAAUAAAGGUUGAGAUUGUGAACAUAUGAUUGUUAGAUCUAGCCAUGGAAUCUAGAGGUUUAUAUUCAACCUUGUGGUGAGGCCCUGAUUAAGGAAAUUAUAUCCUUGAUAUGUGUAAUAGUUGAGGUCAUGAUUGUAUUGCUGAGUCCAGAAUGACUCAUCUAGGUGACUUGUAGGGUUUCCUAGAUAAUGACAUAACUCAUAUACAUAUCCUGUGGAUAUUCUCACACUUGCUUUUAUGUAUCAAUGAUGUUUCUCAAAAUAUAAUAGAUUGUAUGUACCAGUAUUUAUAUUGUACAUGUACAUAUGUAUCUAGAUUAUAUUUAUUCAUUACUGAGAAUUAUGACUAUUAAGGGCUAACAUUUAAAACGAAUUACAGUACACAUAAUUAUGGUGAUCUAGUUGAAAAAAAAACAGCCUUGCUGGUGUGAAUGAUUAAGUAUGAACAUGGUGAUUGCUUGCAGUUGAAUGUGAAUCACUUCAUGGAUAUUGUUUUAUAAAUGGCAUAAUAUAGGAAGUGCAUUCAGAUGAUACAUUUUGUAAUCUGAGAUAAAAAUAGUUUACAAGAAUGGAAAUAUGUGAUAAUAUGGAAAAUUAGUUAUCCAAUAAAUUGUGUAAAUAUAAUAGGAUAAGCUUGUUUACUUUGUAUUCAAAACAGUGUUACAGGAAACAUGGGUGUUUAUUGCUUGGCCAGUCUACAGUUCAUUGUUACAAAUGCCAUGUAAGUGAAAACUUAAUCUUUGAGAUUAAUGAAUUGACUAGAAGUUAACAAUUUAAAACGUUGCUGUUAUAUUUUUAAUUGUCAGCAGCUUAUCACAAGAAAUACUAUUCUAGUUUUUAACAAUAUAUCGAAACAAAAAAAAGGAAUCAACAGUUAUCUUUAUUUAACCAGUUUUGUAGAAAUUAAAUCUAGAAUUUGAAGUAAGAUUACAAGAUUAAAUAUGUAAGACUGUAAUAUUUGGAUACUUGGAAGAAUUAUGGAAGGUUCCAUUUGAUGAAACGUUACGAGAUAUCCUCUUGCACAUUUUACAAGUGACUGAAGCAAUCAUAUAAUUAUUUUUUGUUCCAAUUAAGGAUGAAUGUUCUGUGUAAAAGAGAGUAAAGUUUGAGUGUAGUGUAUGUUUGUUGAUCUAAUUGGAGUAGGUGUUAAAAUUUUUAGUUCUCUAAACAUUCCAUUCCAAAAUAUUGUUAUUUGUUUUUAUUUCUAACAUGAUCAAAUUCACAGUUCAUCAAGAAUUGAAAAGUUUAUUGUUGUCAUUUGUUUGUAUGGGUUUGAUUUUUGUAUGUUUUUUCAGCCAGUUGUAAUGGUUGAGGUCUAUUGUCAAUGUUUUUUUUGUCUAUACAUAUUCUUACUUGAAUCUAUUUUUGUAUAUAAGCAUUGUGUAUGAUGGACAUAAGACUUCAGCUAUGAUAAAAAUACACAUAAUGUACAAGUUAAGCACAAGAAAAUAGGGCUACAAGAGGUUCAAUAACAUAGUUACAAAAUGAUUAUGGGAUUUUCUUUGUGUUCAAUAAAAACUUUUCGUUGAAAGAUAGCAAUUAUAACCUUAGGGAUUAUUUUGUCAAAUCUGUGAAAACUAGGAUCAAGAGACCAACAUUCAGAAAAAUGAAUCAUUUCAAAUGUUUUGACUUGAUUCUUGAAUCUUCAAUGUUACAUUCCUAUUACUAGUAAUAAAUGUUCAGGUAAACACAGUGCUAUUGUACUUAAAUAAGGUUGAACAUUCCUCAGACAAAGUUGUCUUUUAACUGUUAUGCUUAGGCCCCCCAGAUGUGAUGCUCUUUAAAGUUAAAUAUUUGGCUUUCCUAAUUUUGGAGCAAAACACCGAAAUGGUUCAAUGAAAUGGCCUGCUACAACUUGAUUUUCUGUAAAAUCAUGAUAGUUAAUGAUGUGACUUUGGAAAACGACUUUCAUAUUUGUUGUAUACAAGAAGUUUAUUCUCUUAUUUUGUAUUUGUCUAAAAAAAAGAACACCUUAAAACCAAUCAUAUGAUUACAUAUUCAUCAUAUAUUUGUCAUGGUAAUGAAUGUAAAGUUAGAGUUGAAAUACUGUGAUAGUUAUUUAUGUUCUGGUUAUAUUGAACUCUGACUAUUUUCAUUGUUUGUAGUUGUUACUGUUAUAAAGAGGUAGUAUUUAUAUAAUUCUUUUAGUUUUUGAAGACAUGAUGUAUGUACAUAGUGUAAAUAAAAUACCAAAACAAAAUAA